ACUUCGAAUGAUAUCGCCAUAACAAGAUGCUCAGCUGGACACAUUGGCUGUUGCAGAAGGUCAAGUCACAGUGAGUACUGAAAUCUAUGUGGGUUCAACCUCAUGCAUCUUCCCUCACCAAAGGUUGCAACCAUGAAGAUCGACCGAGGUUCUGAAACAACAAGGCUUCUGGGACAGACAAAUGCUCCUCCAUCGGAAAACAACAGUGAGCUCUCAAUGAACACCUCCGACUGUGCACAAGUCAUUGUGCCAGAAGAAAUCUUCUUCACCAUUGCCGCUCUAGGAGUACUGGAAAACCUGCUGGUGCUCAUAGCAGUGGGGAGGAAUAAGAAUCUGCAUUCACCCAUGUAUAUUUUCAUUUGCAGCUUAGCUGUUUCAGACAUGCUGGGAAGUUUGUACAAGACUCUGGAGAAUAUCCUCUUCAUCAUCUUCUGCAAGAUGAGAUACCUAACAUGCCAGGGAGCCUUGGAAAAAACGAUGGAUGAUAUUUUAGAUUUCAUGUUUAUUCUAUCUUUACUGGGAUCCAUUUUCAGUCUGUCGGCCAUUGCAGCUGAUAGAUAUAUAACCAUCUUCUAUGCACUGCGGUACCAUAACAUCAUGACAAUGAAGCGUACUUUAGUGAUCUUGGUGGUCAUUUGGGCAUUCUGUGCUGGGAGUGGCAUCGCAGUGGUCAUUUUCUCCCAUGAAACAGCUACUGUUGUGUCCUUCUCUGUCUUCCUGUGUUUCAUGCUCAUUUUUAUCCUCAGCCUCUAUAUUCAUAUGUUCCUGCUUGCACGCUCUCAUGCCAAGAAGAUUGCUUUGCAGCCUACCAGCUCGGUUCACCAGAGAGCUAACAUGAAAGGAGUCAUUACUUUAACUGUCUUACUUGGGGUUUUUCUCUGCUGCUGGGCCCCUUUUGUCCUUCAUAUGCUUCUGAUGGCAUUUUGCCCACAAAACCCUUAUUGCAUUUGCUAUGGGUCCAUUUUUCACGUGAAUGGUAUACUGAUCAUGUGCAAUGCUGUGAUUGACCCCAUGAUUUAUGCAUUUCGAAGUCCAGAGCUGAGAAGUACAUUUAAGAGAUUGUUCUGCUGCCGGAAGCCAAGCUGGACUUAGCCACUGGAACUUCAAAAACAGCAUGCAGAGCAACCAAAGCUGCACUGCCAUAGAACCAUUUGCUUUGUCUUGUAGUACAGUGGUACCUUGGUAUUCAAACAGCUUGACUCCGAAACAAAUCUGCUCCUGAACGCCACAAACCCGGAAGUGAGUGCUCCAGUUUGCAAACGUUUUUUGGAAGCCGAACAUCCGACGCAGCUUCCACGACUUCUGAUUGAAGGCAGGAAGCUCCUGCAGCCAAUCAGAAGCCGCAACUUGGUUUUCACACCAUUUCGGGAAUGAAAAGGAUUCCCGGAAUGGAUUAAGUUUGAGAACCAAGGUAUCACUGUAUCUCAAAAAUAAUGUGAUGUUGACAUCUGAGGGCUACUUUGCCACACAGUGGGAUACAGCAGUGAACCUUGGGCUUAUGCAUUCUCUCUCACAUAGACACUGGUUUUUAUUAGAGGCUAUAUGCACAGCAUGUGAACCGCAGGUUCUCUUCAGUUCCCUGCCAGGUGGCUGAAUUAUGCUUCUAUACCACAUGUGAAUCAGCCUUGCUGGAAUACACUGCUGCCUACAGAAUCUCAGGUCAUAAUGAAUCCAUUAGUCUCCAAAGCACCACCAUUAUCUUUUUGCUGCUAGGCUAACACAGCAACUUUGGGGGGGGGGGAAUAUCUUCAUAGGAGAUUCAGUUUAGGAAGAGGGUGAAUAAAGUGGUGACAGACAUGACUUAGAUCAUGUUUUCCUAACCUCGUUGCCUCCAGAUGUUUUGAACUACAGCUCCCACCAUCUCUGACCCUUAGUCGUACUGGAUGGGGCUGCAUUUCAAGAUGUUCAGAGGGCACCAUGUUCAGGAGAGGCUAGCUUGGAUACAGUUUGUGGGGGAUCAGAAAUUAGUCAUGUGUGAGCACGAUUGGAUUCUGAUUUGCAAACUUGAUUUGGAGGGAUUGUUCAAACCACAGUAUGCCAGUUUAUUCAUCACGGCAAAGUAUGGCUUGACAAACCAGGAAGUGUUAAGUCACGUGUGUGGACUGAGGGAAGGAGAGGAGGAGGGAAUGUGUGCAUCUAUACAUGGCUGAGUCCUUAGUCCAGACCAUAGAUUUCACAUAUACACACAUACACUGCAUACUCUAAUGUUAGAUAGAUCUGUAUUGUUUCAAUUUUAGUGUGUGUGCUACUGAAGUGAGCACAUAGAUAAAAAGAUAUUUUAGUUAAGUUUUAAACUAAAAUAGGCAACAAUGAGAAAAUGGUGGAAGUUCAUUGAUUGAAAAGCUUUAAUAGAAAAGAUAGAAAUGAAUUUAGACUUAAUCAUCCAGGGAACAAAUGUUUUUUAGUUGAAGACAGCUGUUAGGCAUCAAAAGCUCUGUCUUGUUAUAAAACACAUUAAUGUGAUUUCUAUUAAUUACAAUUAGUUACACUACUUCAACAGCAGGAUCUAAAAACAUGGUUAAUUUUAGACAUUUCUGAAAUCAUCUGUAAAGUCAGACAUUUGAAUAUUGAACUCCGUAUUCUAAACUUGUAUGAAAGUUCUACUUCUAAGAGUGUACGCAGGAACAUCCAAUGUGAACUUAGCAUUUUGUCUAGCAACAUUCAACUUAGGGAAAUAGGCACAGUACUUGCCACCAACUACUACUGUUGUGAAUGGUCGCUGUGCUUUUUUUUUUAACCCCACUGUUUGUAUAAUUUCCCUCAAUAUCCGUAUAGUUAUAGAUAGCUACCAACUGAGGACAACAUUUCGUACAUCAGAUAAUGUGGGCUCUGCUCCAAGAAAGAGUUUAUGCCAAUAUACAUUGACUAGUCUUUAAGGUGCCGCGUGACUCUUGCUGCAACAGACUAACAUGGGUACCUAUCCUAAGGUGUACUGUAUGUGAUGUCAAAUCUCCUGUGUUGUUCUUCUGGCGUAUCACCACAUAUCUAGAGUGUCACUCCUGAAAGAUUACUUCUAAUCUGACACGUUUAGCUUAGUCAGGUCCUUGUUGAUGUUUUCAGACCUGAUGCCCUGGUAACCACAUAUCCCAGUAGCUGAUCCCAGCAAAGGUGCCUGGGAAGAGAAGUCAGUGC